AUCCUCACCAGCGGAGAAGGUAUCAUCAAUCCAGCACCACUGAGACCGUGGAUUUUGCAGCAAUAUUGAGGGUGGUGAUGCUUGAAGGCCCCUUGCCACUUGCCCCUCCGAGUUGCGGAGCCCCGAGGCCAGAGAUAACGGAAGAUCCAUUUUCCGCGGCUCCGCUGUCGGAGGAACAGAAUGGCUCCCACCCGCCCGCUUGUUGCUGCAUGCAUUUCAAAGCAUACCCCAGUCAUACCUCGCUAGCCAGCCAAUUGCAGCACCAAACUGAAUCGUAGCAAUUCUGGCAAGCUGUUAUCACCUUCCAUUGGCCGGUUCACCUCAUCAUUGUCUCUAAGUAAUUGUUACGGUCAAACACAGAGAAUCAUGGCCACCAUACCAGAACACCCCACCACCGUGCUCCCGGUCGACCUCAUGGAGAUGCAACUCUCGACCAUCGACCUCCUCACAGCGAUGUACGCCUCCCCGGAGGAACUCGAGAUCCCCCCGGCCUCGGCAGAAUGCCUGGAGAAGCUGCGCGCCUGGUGCGAGGACCCCAACCCCACCAGCGCGCCCUCCGGCAUCCCGACCAGCAUCUCGCUCUACAUCUCGCUGCCCCUCGCAGACAGCGACAAGCGCUUCCAAGUCAACCUCACAAUCCCACUACACUGCGACCAGCCCGGUCAAGCACUGGACCAACCCCCACCACCAACCUACUCGCUGCGCCCAGACUGGCUAUCCAAAGCCGACGUCGCCAAGCUGGCGGCAGCCAUACCCGCGGACGCAGACGUAUUCGAGGCACUAACCCACAUCCAAGAACAAGCCGUUCAGCUCCUAGCCUCAGCCCAGCAAGAAGCUUCCUCAAACCCCCCCUGCACCUCCGAGUCCGCUGCGCGCGGCCCACUGGUGCGGGUCUGGUUCUACUUCCCAUCGCUGUCGACGCGGGCGAAGCGCGACGACCUCGUGAACCACGCGCCCGAGUACGCGCUGACGGGGUUCGUGCUAGCCGGGAAACCGGGGGUGCUGUGUCUCGAGGGCGCGUCGGCGGACAUCGACGCGUACAUGAAGUUCAUCAAGACGCACUCGUGGGGCGACAUCCCCAGCCACCAGAAGAAGGUCAGCGAGCGGUUCCGCGAGACUGGGGCGGCGGUGCAGCGCGUGUUCACCGGGAUGGAGGAGAUCACGGAUUCGUUGGGGGAGCGCAGUGGGCAGCGGGCGAAUCGUGGUGAUAUGCAGGCGCUCGAGCAGUGGCUUCAUGCCAGGGGGUUAGGCGAUGCGUUUGAGAUGGUGAUUUUCUGAGGGGGUGGCGAUGGUGCUGGUGCUGGUGCUGGCGCUGGCAUUGUGAGGUGUGCACAGUGCUUCGGUUUACUCGCGAUUAGUGGAGUCGAGGUUUGGUUCGAGGACGGAACGGGAUGGAUCAAGGCCAAGUACUGUGCAGGAAGUCUUCCUCGAGUUCGGUCGCAGGCUUCUAGCCUAGGGCUACGGUCGUGCCGCUUUUGGCUUCCUUUGAGGUCAAUCGUCACCAUAGGGUGAUACGCAUCC